AUGGCGUUCAAGACCCGCUCUCUUCAGGAAGCGCCCUUUGUGACGGCAUCUUGGGUGAGGGCACUUCGUCGAACUAAGCUUCUUUGCCCCGUUAUCCUGAUCGCUUGGAAUGACUUCGUCUUUGUCUUCGGCGCCGUAUCCGCUUUGUACGAGCUCAGUGCUGUCGUCGUUCUCCUCCUCGGUGUCCAAGUCACUGACAAUACGAUUUGCCUCAUUACCUCCCGUCUGUAG